UUUAGAUUUGACUUUCACUAGACGCUUAGUUGGAGGUAGUUUUUAUUGCUUAAGGCACUCGGAUCGUAUUCCCCAUAGUUGAGAUUUCUCCGUCUCUUCGCUCGCAUCUUUGUCAUUGGGACUGUAUUGGAACAGGUAUUGGAACUGGCGCUGUUUCUUUCAUAAACAAUCGUAGGAGACACUAUAAGGUUAUAGACUCCAUUGGUUUCAAUUGGUUUCAUUCAACAAUUGCUACUAUCUGAAUCCACUGGAUCUCUGUAUUUCGUCAAGAAAUCGUAGUUCUUCAACUAAACAUCCUCAUCAAGGACUAAUCCACAAGACUCACAGCCCCUAGACUACACAUUUCAUUUCUGUUGAAAUCUGUUCAGUUAUCUCAAUAUUGUAUCUUUUCAAUAUCAUACUGUUCGACUUCAUAACUGCAAUCGCUACUAUCAUCGCCAGCAUCCGAUAUACCUCGCUUUUGUAGCUACUUCCAGUUAUACUUCAUCAUUCAUCAUAUUCAAUAUCUACGUGUUAUUUCGUGAUAGAGACAACAUUCCAUAUUGAACCACGUAUUGAAAUACUAUUUUCAUUUAUUCAUCAAAUCAUUGCCUUCUUCUAGAAGAUUCUGAUAUCAAGCUUUCAAGUUUUCAAGCUUUCAGAUUGGGAAGUUCCGAAAGUCUUGAGAGUCUCAUUCUAAUUACUAUACGUUUUACUAUAUGUCGUUCUCGAUGUCUCAGAUUUUGAGCCCCUACGACUACAAAGACCACGGCAAAGAGUCGCUAAAUAAGAAGGCGAUAAUUUCGUCGGUUAAGACGGCGCUUAAAUCGAAGAUCCUCUACGGUGUCGUGGCCAUCAUUGUCUUAGUCGCUUUCGUCAAGGCCCAAAUUUCUGCAUUCUCAUCACCAGUCUACACACCCAAUUUCUCGAAAAUACCUACAGUUCAGUAUUUUGACUUGGAUCACUAUGACGGACUGGCAAACGGCUGGCAGCACGAAGAGCGGGUGUUGUUCUGUGUACCGUUGAGAGACGCUGCUCCCCAUUUGCCCAUGUUCUUUGGCCACAUGAAGAAUCUCACAUACCCUCAUAAUCUUAUAGAUCUAGCAUUUCUCGUGUCAGAUUCUUCGGACGACACUAUGGGCGAGUUGCAGAAGCAUCUCAAGGAGGUCCAGACCGAUCCGGACACUUCCAAAAGAUUUGGUGAAAUCGAGAUCUUUGAAAAGGACUUCGGCCAAGUUAUAGGUCAAGGCUUCUCCGAUAGACAUGGUUUUGCCGCCCAAGGUCCCAGACGUAAAUUGAUGGCUAGAGCUAGAAACUGGCUCUGGACUGUCGCAAUUAAACCCUACCAUUCUCAUGUCUACUGGCGUGACGCUGACGUCGAAACAGUGCCCCCUACUAUUCUAGAAGACUUGAUGCACCACGACAAAGACGUAAUAGUGCCCAAUGUAUGGAGACCGUUGCCUGACUGGUUGGGCAACCAGCAGCCAUAUGACUUGAACUCGUGGCAGGAGUCAGACGGAGGGCUUCUGUUGGCAGAAACGUUGGAUGAAGACGCUUGUAUUGUAGAAGGCUAUGUAGAGUACCAAACCUGGAGACCACAUUUGGCCUACUUACGUGACCCCUAUGGAGACCCAGAGGUAGAGAUGGAAUUGGACGGGAUUGGAGGUGUUUCCAUCUUGACCAAGGCCAAGGUUUUCCGUACCGGAGCUCAUUUCCCAGCGUUUUCAUUCGAGAAACAUGCCGAAACGGAAGCCUUUGGCAAGUUAAGUAAGAGAAUGGGCUAUUCGGUGAUCGGAUUACCGCACUAUGUGAUCUGGCAUAUCUACGAGCCUUCCUCUGACGACUUGAAGCACAUGGAAUGGAUGGCCCUGGAAGAAAUCCGACAGAAGGAAGAGGCCAAGAUUAAGAAGGUCUACGACAAAGUAUGGAACAAGGCGUUUGAAGAUGUCCAAGAUGUCUGGAGACUGGAGAAGAAUAUGUUCCUCAAGAACACAGACAUGUCCAACGUUAGACGUAUCCAAGUAGACUGGUCAGGUGUAGAUGACAAUCUCGAUAAACAGUCCAAUGACAAGAAGUUGGCUGAUUUCUCACCAGAGUGAUCGAUCGUAUAGAAACAGAACUUGAACUCUUCCGAGACCAGCAUAAACUCUACAGUAUAAACUUCUCACACGCAAAGGGUACUCUUUAGCACAGGUAACAGUAAAAAGUUAGUACAGGCAUAAGAAAACUUCAAGCUACAUAAAAAUCAGUAAACCUUCGGUAACUACUACAGUAAUCCAGAACCAGCACCCAGCACCAGCACCUAAUCAAAAGCUGGAUCAGAUCCACUGGAUUCCAGUCAUACAGCCCGAUGGCGCCUCACUUUUGACGUGGCAGCCGAAUCAGCAGCUACUUAUUCCACGCAGCGAAAUCAUAUGACAUCACUGCUUCUACCUCUUGUGUAUUAUACUUGUGUAAUAAUAAACCAGCUCGUAACCUAG